AUGCCAGCAUUGCAGAGAUGGCUAGUUCUUGCUGGCCUAGUAUUUUGGGCCAGCAGUGAACCCGUUGACUGUGAGGUCGGCUCCCAGACUUGCGCCGUCCUGCGAGAUGCAGGGCCGGGAGAGGCGGCGGAGCUCCUUCAGACGGAAUCCCGGCGCGUUGUGCGCAUCGACUCCCAGGGCAGCUCCCGGAUGGAGGAGGAGAACCCAAAGGGCCUUGCCGUCUCUGAUCCUGUGAAGGCGAAGCCAGCAGCCAGCAAGGUGGGCAUCAACCUUUCCGUGAAGUGGAUGAAGAAUCCGCUUCAGGUAAGUGAGGCAAUCGCCGCCAUUCCGCGGAUCCAGGAGUACCUGGGCUUGGCAAAGCCGAUCGAGCGUGUCAAGACCUACGAUCUGGCCCCCUCCAAUCGUGCCAUUGUGGAGGAGCUUGUCAGGCAGUCCAGCCGGCCAGAUCAAGGCGGCUAUUCUGUCAAAGAGCUGGUGGUGGGAAUUGGCAACAAGGAGCUGGCUUUUGUUGACAUGGACUGGCUCCGCGGAGUCGCAGAUGACUUUAGAGGAAGCUUGCACAUUGCUGUGGGCAACGAGCCUGAUCGGAGCGGUGUCUUCCAGGAUCGGGUGGUGGAUGUCAUCAAGGCGAUCAAGGCUGAGAUUCCCGAGGCGCAGGUCACUGUUCCAUUUGCAUACUCCAUCAUGCAUCGCAGCCAUCCAGUGGAGAAGUCCAAGCUGGAGAAAGAGUUUAUUGAUCGGUACAAAGAUGUCCUUCCCCUCCUGGAUUACUUCACCAUCAACAUCUAUCCCUUCCUCAGCUCUGGCACCAGAGGUGUCGCCAUGGACAACCUCACAGGCCCUGAGAUGAACUUCCUCAACGACCAGAUCUCUGCUUUGCGCAUAGCAUUGGACAGGGACUUCCCACACAACAACCUGCCGCUGGCUGUAGGAGAAACCGGGUGGCCAAGCUGCGGCGCCGCCAGCUCCACGCCUUAUUCUUACGCGACGCUGCCCUUCUCAGAGCGGUUCGUGAAGAACGUGGCGCUGUGGAUGGAAUCCAGCCUCUCAGAUGGGCGCAUCAUUUCCGGGCAGCUAUUUACUGCGUUCGACGAAGAGACGAAAGGAACAAGACCUAGCGAGCGCUACUACGGCAUUCUGACGUCAAAGGGAGAGGUGAAGACUGCAUACUCAUGUGUCAGCAAUGCCACUGAGCCAUCUCAAGCUUGGCUAGAGGAGCUUUACCCUGAUUGCGAGAGUGAUUUGGAUUGGAUGGUAAAGAACUUCGACAACCCGUAUCUUCAAGAAAAGUUUGUCAAUAGGGAAAUGGACGGCUCCCUGUGCUCCUUCCAGCAAUAUCUCUACGAUCGCUGGGCAUCCUGCCCGCCAACUGCGCGGAUUCCUGGGGACUUUGUGCCAGUGGAAUCGCACAUGGUCUAUGCAAAGAAAAUGGCGCAGACCAAAUGCUGGAGCCAGCGCUUGGCUGACAAGUAUUCCGACCGCGGUGCCGUUAGCAAGCCCAACGUUUCGCACCUGACCGCGCCGCACAACAAGCAGGCGCCGUCGGAUCGCUGGGACGCGAGCUCCUCGGAGGUGAGUCCACUACCGGACCGCUUUGUUGGAGAGGAUCCAACGCCACCGGGUCCAAGCACACCCAGGACCUUGCAGGUCUUCUGGAUCAACCUGGAGCAGUCGAAAGACCGUCGCACGGCCAUGGAGAAGAUGUUUUCAUCUCUUCGGCAGACCCUGCCGGCAAGCUUGACGCUGCAAGUCGUGCGGGUACCAGCAGUCACUGCAGAGGAGGUCAAGGCCAUGCAGCAGAAGGGCGCUUUGGCGGUUGAAGCCAAACUGAUUGAUGCCUGUACGGAUGCGUGCCCGCAGCAUCAUGCCAGGAGCGAGCUGCUGUACACAGAGAUGGCUUGCAGCCUUUCUCACUUGCGCGCCAUCGAGCAGGCUUUGGCAGGCAAUUCCGGCUUGGCCCUGAUGAUGGAGGACGACAUCGAGAUCUAUCCGGAAUUCGGUGCAGACUUGGAGCGCCUGCUCGCUCAAGCGCCAGAAGGAUGGAGCGCCUUGCAGAUGUCGACCGUCAGCACCAAGGCGAUUCUGCAGCUCGCGAGCUCGGGGGUCUUCUUCCAACCACGGGAGAGGCACUUCUAUGGCACGGGGUCCUAUCUCAUCAACAGGUAUGGAAUGGCACACCUGCGGAACUUAUACGCGACGCGGCAUUUCCAGGCCAAGCCAGGAACGCCUGGUGCUGAUUCCUUGCAGGCGGAAGGCAUCAUCUACGGCUCUCUUCCUGAAGGCAGCGUGCACAUCAGCACGCAUUUUUUCUUCAAUGUGGGCGACUUUCCCACAACAGUCCACCUUAUGAGCAACUCAUCCGAGUGGUAUACAGUGUCGAGCGUUGCUUGGCAGCGCAACUUCGUUCACAGGCAUCGAGGGCGUUUGGUCCCUGCUGCGCCUGCUACGAGCUCACCAGAGCGGCUUGCAAAGUCAUCCUUUUUGGCCAUGACGACCCUGGUUUGCCGGAACAAUACGGGCUUUGAUGGUGAGAGCCGUUCCAUUGCAGCAUCAAUCCGGGCGAUGGCACCGUACAAUUUCUCUUGGGCCGUGUAUGUGAUCGUUGCAGAUGCCUCUGAAGACGGAAAAUGCCCUGGCCUGGAAAGCUUCCGGGAACUUCGGCAAAUGAACGUCCGGAUGCUCUACCGAGUGUCUCGUGGGCGCUUCUCGAAGUGGGUGUAUUAUACGGAGGAUGUUGAGCAAUUCGCCAACUAUGACUUCCUGAUGGUGUUCGAUGCUGACAUGGGUCUCUCAAGCUUCCCAUGGGCUGACUACUUCCGGCGCUAUGAAGACUACACCUCGAAAUGGGGAAUUGCCCCGGUGACUGGCUCCGUGCGAAAUCGAUCGCCCUUCUACCCAUUGAAGGCAGAAUGGUGGACAAGGUGCAACCGCACCAGGAUUCGCUUCGUGGAAACCGACUUGAUUGAGCAGUGGUUUGCAAUGCUGACCGGAUCCUUUGCCACAUGGCUUCUUGGCUAA